GUGAUACCUUCUUGUCAUCAGCGCAGCGCUGGUUUUGACAAGCAAUUUCUUGCACGUAACUCCUACCUCGAAGCACAGUGCCAUCAUGUCGCUCAUCGCUUCCUCUUCAUCGGCGCUGAACCUCGCCUUCCCGCCCUCGGUCGGCGCCGGCGCCCAGCACUCGCGCUCGCUUUCCAGCGUCUCGGUCCAUCCCGUCGCACUCUUCAGCAUCCUUGACCACUACCUGCGGCGACGUGCAGAUGCCGAGGACGCUCGUGUGAUCGGCACGUUGCUUGGAACCCGUACAGAGUCCGAGGUGGAGAUCCGGUCCGCUUUUGCUGUCCCGCAUGAUGAGACGGAAGAUCAGGUUUCCGUGGAGAUCGAAUACCACAGGAGCAUGCUAGAGUUGCACACCCGAGCGAACCCCAACGAGGUUGUUGUUGGCUGGUAUGCGACUGGUUCGGACCUCAACUCAUACUCAGCUCUCAUUCAGGACUUUUACAGCAAGGAGACAGCCCCUCAGCAGGCAGUGCACUUGACCAUGAACACCGACUUGCAAGAUGAAAACUUGGGUGUCAGGGCAUGGGUCUCGUCGCCAAUUGGACUUACACCAAAGGCAUCCUCCACUGCUUUCCUUCCACUCCCUGUCAACCUCUUCUACUCUCCAUCGGAGCGACCAGCGCUUUCGAUGCUGGCGUCGCAGACCUCCACGCCCAUGUCCGACAUGGACGCUCUCGCUGCUUCCCUCAAGCAGGUGCAAGCUCAGCUCGAUCGAGUGCUUACGUACGUGCGGCAAGUCAUCAGCGGCGAGAGACGGGGGGAUCCGGCUAUCGGGCGGUUCAUCCUGGAUGCGAUCAGCAAGGUGCCCGUGGGCAGUGCCACAAAUGAGAAUGGGGAGAGCAAGCUCGAGGAGCUGUUCAACACUCACCUACAAGACAUUCUCAUGGUCUCCUACUUGGCGAACGUCGUGCGCGGUCAGGCCGAAAUCUCGUCGCGAUUAACGCUGCUAACUGCUUAAUCGCAUGGCCAGCACACAUAGGCACGAGCAAAAGAGUGACAUAGCCGACUGUCGCUCCUUAACGGUUUUCCUCCGCCUGGAAGGUACUCAUGUAUUACUAGACUCCUACAAACGAUCACUACACUGUCGCCAUUUGUAGACAG